AUGCUCACCUAUCCCAGGAUCUGGCCGGCCCUGAAAGCCUCGAAGUCCCCGGCAAUUGCAUAUGUUGACUUUAUAGAGCAAGUACGGAACCGCAGAGACCGUCUGCCCCCUGCAGAAUGUGGUGUCUCCGCCGACUCCAUCAUCACGGAAGCCGUUCGGCAGGCCAUUCAGCGGACAAGCUUCACGCAAUAUGCCCCUCCCAGUAUCUAUUCAUACUACGCUUCGUCCUCUGCAAAUAACCGCACCAGGACGCUCGAACUCCUCCGGCUAUGUCUUACAACUGGGAACAAGCCUCUAUGUAGCCUGGUUUUCAAGCGCCUGCUGGAUUCGACAUUCCACAGAGAAGAUUACAUCGACAAUGUCCUCGUCCCUUUCCUUCCUGAGCUCCGGCAAUUUCUGACCACCAAUCACGUCGCCCCGUCGGAGGAGCCCUUCAAUAGCGCGUUCAAAUCGAUCGUUAUGCUAUGGGCGAACAAAGUCCUCGGGCCCAGACCGAGCGAGACGGCGAAUACUAUUAUCUCUAGGAUGCAGAACCACGGCUGCAAGUGCUUACAUUGUGUGCAAGUCUUCAAGUUCCUCACUGCUAAUGCCGACAAGACGUGUCGUUUGGAAAGGAUAGGUGCUCCAAAGCGGAAGCAUGUCGAGCAGGAGCUCGGCAGAUAUGCGCAGACGGCAGCGACGUGGACUAUGAUUUCUGGCUCCCCGCAAGGCCUGACGAUCACAAAAGCCGAUUCCAUAUACCUGCCCGUGAAGUGGAAGGCGACCCACGCCCGAGGCACAACUAUUUUGAACUCCAUCUCCUUGAGCGCAACGGAGCUCCAGCGAAUUUUCGGUGUUGAUCACCAGAUAAUCACGGACAUGAUGGCUGGGCGUGUCUCUACGAGCCUUGCGUCAGCAUCGAGACUUGCGAGUUCAAGUAUGAACCCUCCGGUUCCUGCAGGUCCCGCGCGCGCGCCGACAGGUGGACCGACAGUUCAAGCUGUUGCGGGAACCGUGAACGCUAUGCCAACAUCAAAUCCGAGUGGCAGCUCGUCGAAUGCCCCUCUAGUGCCCAGUGCCACUACGUCUGCCUCCUCACAGACAACUCGAAAGCGGAAGAGGGAAUACACCUCCUCGGAUAUCAUCGACUUGACCGAUGACUGGGGCCUAACCAAUGCCGGAUUGCUAAUCUCGCGUAUUCCUCGCUCAUGAUCCAUGCUCAGCGCUGCAUGGCAUCUUGGUACUCCCAUUCGGGUCGCGUCGUACUCACGUAUAGUGUGUAGUACUAUACCGUAUCUGCAAUAAUCUUGAUUGACGAAUCUGAGUACUUCUGAGUCAGACCUCAGUAGGCUUCCGAUGCCUGACCUGUAUAUUGUCAUCUUUACCAGUACAACAUGUAAUUGGACCGAAUCUUACUGUUAACUCAGGCCCGAGGGAACGAUACAGCGACUGACUCAGACGCGCCUACGUACAGAACCUGCGCUGAGCUCGGCCAUGCCCGAGUGGGCCGGUCACUAGACUCACUACUGCUGCUGCUCCUCCUUCAGCUCUCGGUUAGUCUCCCCUAGGCAGACCUUAAAGAAGACCUCUUGGACGGACAGGAGGGCGGUCUUCUACGGUAGUCGGUACUACCAUGUCGACAAUCACUCCGGCGAGCAGUAAGUUCAAGCUCG